UGUUUGGUCACACUGUCAUUUUCCGACCAGCUUAGCGGGCGCCAUUCGACACGGAGCCGCAGAAAGAGAGUGCUCAGGGAGACUGAAUUUCAGAGGAUAGAGAGGCAGAGGGUAGAAACGAGAAAUGAGUGAGUACAUGAAGCUGAGGCAGAGAACUUGGCGAAGGCAAACACCUUGUUGAAAGUUGUCAUUUAGCUCUCAGUCCCAGUUCUCAAGCUUGGACAGUUCGGGGCACCUCAGUGAGCGACACUGCUUUGAAUCGCGAGAAUGACAACGGAAGGAACAAAAAGAUGAACAUUUUGUUGGCGCUGUAAUCAUCCACCUUGACCUUGGAUCACGCAACCUUAAAGCGACAACUUUCUGCGAAGCAAUUAUCCAGCUUUCUGAACUGCAGCCACCCGAAAGAGGAAGGCCUUUGAAAAGCGGAAGGAGGAGACCCGAAUCGUCAUACAAUUACAUUUACCUUUUGGAUGAGAUCCGGUUACCAUGUGAACCGGAAGCUUUGACCUCGUGGUUUGGCCACAAAGUCCCAGCUAUAGCAUGGCCUGUCCUCCUCGUUCAUAUGCUCCAUCACCUCCUCCCAUGUCUCAUGCUCAUGGACCUGAUCAAUUGUCAUCAAGCGGUUCUGUUGAUCCUUCUCUUUCAAAGGAAACUGCUACCAAACAGUAUCGUGUCAUUCAACAGACCUCCUUCGUACCGUCUUUUUCACAUCCUCCUGCCUUCUCGCUCGAGACCAGAAUAUGUCCAGCCAAGCAUGGCAUUUCGGUGUCUCUCUGCCUUGUGGAUACUAGCACGGCUUCCGCAUCCAGGCUUGCCAGAGACAAGGAUACGGAGACAGAGCCAAAGCCUGUUGGCUGGGUUUCGCCCAAUACUUGGGACAGCCGCUUCGAUGGGACGGAACUAAAUACAACAGCGGAUGUUUGCAACCCUACAGAUUUGUGCAAAGUUGAAAAUAUGGGUGAGGUUGAAAAUACAAAGCAAGUAAAUCAGUCUUCAGAACAGAUAGCCACUGAGGAAGACUGCAUUGAUAUUCUGCGGGCAACUAUGCUCUGUGGACGCACUCCAUUAGCAACAAAGGAACAAAAAGCAGAGAUACAAAUGCAACCAAGGGCACCACCGGAGUCAAUUAUGCACAGCCAGUCAAUGCCACGUAAAGAACACGUCCUCCUGCAUUUAUCGAAAACACAAACAAACGGUGAUGCUCAAAAAGAAACUGCUUCAUUACAACACACAAAUGUGGCAGCUGAACCCUCACCUGAUCUGGACCAUUCCCAAUGCCGUCAACCUUUCCUUAUUACAACUGAAGCUUUUCGGUGUGCGCGCACUGUCAAGUUCUCAGAGAAACCCUGUACUCCGUGCAUGGCCAGGAGACAAGGCAAAAUGCCUUCCCAAAGUCAAGAGAUGAAAUGUCGUCAUCGGGAAUCCUACAGGGCCGCUCUCCGAAAUCCUGUCACUGUUCAGCAUGAGAAGGCCAGAGCCAGGAUGUUGGGUGUUGUGCGGGAGGAUGGGGAAAUCUUACAUUGCAGUGACAGGAGACCAACAGAGACUGGAAGAGGUGCACCUCAAUGUCAUGGCCAAAAUAUUUUCUCUAAAUCCGAGAUGCAAAACCAACACACUUCCAUUGGCAGCGGUGCUAUCUGUGAGGAAUCAGGAGAGAAAAACACUGCCCUGUUUUGGAAACCAGGAGAUACUAACGCUGUUCUCUUUAUGCCUGAUAACCACGGACAUGACGGCAAACCGGAGUUCCUAACUCACAGGACCACUGUGCCUUUUCGGGAAUAUUGCAACAAAACUUUUAUCGGUUUACAAAAUGGGAGUGGAACAAAUGAUGAAGGAGCAUCGGAGAGCACCAGUGACCCUGCAAAGGCAUGUAUGAUCUCCACCAAACACCGCAACUUAGCAUCUGGUUGUUCCAAACAUCCCAAACCUUGUGAAGGACCACUAAAUAUACCCUCUUCCACUGGGCUCAGUCCAAAUGUGUCCUCGCCUGUUUCACCUCGGGAAUCCGACGGAAGAUGUUCCUCCCUCUCUACCGCAGUGGUAGACACCUCGGAGAAGUGCCAGUUGGUCCUCGUUGAUGGCGCACAUGUCAGGAGGGAUCGAAAUGAUGACGUCUAUGCAGAUGUUCCUCAGCUUCACGUGGUCAAAUGUAAGAAAAGCACGGCCUUUCGAUUAGUUUCACCCCAAAUCAACAACAUGAAGAUGGCCAUUCCAGGUAGAAAGACAGAGAGCUCCUCACCCAUCGCUUCACUUCCAGCAACAGAAAUUCAGAGGACUCCUCCUCCAUCCUCCGCUCAUGCCAGUCACAGACCAGACCACCUUCUUUUGGGCUUUCCGGACCCCAUAGCUCACCCUCUCUAUCAAGGAGUAGCAGCGCUCACAGGAGGCAGAGACAGGUCAGGUAGGCCGAUCACUGAGCUUUAUGGAGACCACCAAGGAUGGAGCUCUAACAUGACCAGCCAGGAGCUCUUGGAGAUGUUGCUCUACUUCCAUUCUAUCAUCAGGAGAGAAAUCAAAGAAGCUGGGAUGACCCUAGUCUUUGAUGCUAGGAAAUCAAAUCCUCUUCCGCAGCUAUACAAGGCCUUGAUGACACUACAGGAGCAAUCUCCCCAGGCGGUGAACAGCUUGGUGCUUCUAGUGGAUAAAGAACGCUGCACCCAACCAGAGAGAUGCCCCACCAUGCAGACUGAAGUGGUGACAUCGAUGAAGGCCCUGAUGAAGAUGGUAGACGAGAGCCAACGGACUUCCCGCCUGGAUGGAACACUGUCCUACAACCACUGUGACUGGCUGGAGCUUCAUCAGAAACUCUUUCCAUUUGCAUUGGAUCUUCAUGACGCAUCCAGUCUGCUGCUGAGGGCAAUCGGUCAAUUAAAAGCUCCCCAGAGGACAAAUUCUGUACAGGCCGUGCAACAAUGUAUGACGGACCAGAGGACUUUGAUGCGUGAUGUGCUGGAGGACAGGCGGUUGGUCAGCCUCCAGAGGGAGGGCGGGGCCAUCCUGGUGAGGCUGAGGAAGGAAAGUGACCUCAGAUAUCCUCAUUGUGAGGAUCUCAGUGACGCUGUGGACUCACUGACCAGCCUGUACAACCAUGUGGAGGAGCAGGUCCAUAACCUUGUACAGAGCUCCAACAUGUCUCUGGAACAUUUGAAAUAUCUGCUGCAAGUCAGAGAGAUUGAAGGACAUUUCACACAACUGCAGCAGUGGUUUUAUGUAGAGGGUGAGCGCCAUCUGCAGGAGGCCGAAUCAGUGGAAUAUUCCGGAGACCAACUGGAUCAGAUCCUCAACAGCUUCACUGCUUUUCUGAUAGAGGCUAAUGAUCGUAGACACCAUGCGAUGUCAUUAGCGCAAGAGGCCGAGCACCUCCAGCAGGCUGGGAUGUCAUACCCGGAGACACAGGCGUUCAGCAACCAGGUCUGCGCAUUCAAAUCAGACCUGGACGACUUCUUGUGUAGAGCCGAGGCAUGUGGCCGGGAACUGCGGAUCAUGGUCAAUGUGUGCGACUUUUGUGAGCAGGCUACGUCCUUUGCUGUUGAAUGUAUUGACUACCUGAACCAGAAUCAAUCCAGAAUCCUUAAAACCCAAGACUGUAGUCAAAGGACAGCGCCUGGCAACAAAGACCCUGGACCUCACGGCAGUCAGUGUGACAUCCAGACAGUGCUCAACUCCGUUCCAACUACCAACACCAGUUUAUUAGCCUCAGAUGACAGCUCUGUCCUCCAACUCUUCCAGGACAAGUUCCUUCAGUUCAGUGUUGAAAAAUUUCAGGAGUUCAAGGCCCAGGCCAGUGCCUUGAGGAGCUCCAGGGGAAUGAGGGUCUGGAACAUGGCAUGGCUCCGGUGCCAGGAGGCCCGGCAGUUACUUCAGGAGAGGAUGCAGGAUGUCACUGAAAAGGUCUUCAACAGUCAACCACAGUGUCGUGGGUGUUGCGGGCAUCAUUAUGUGGAUGUUGCCAGCACUCAGACAGCACCGCCUGGUAGUGUGACGGUACAGUCAACACCAGGGCCGCAGCAUCCAGAGUGGGCGAACAUUGUGUCAGGGGCAGUGGAUUUUGAGAAACGAAGACCAAUCCUGGCCAAGAGCAACACAACUGAAGCGGGAUGUAAAAUUACCAUCAAACCUGAAGAUAAAAGUGAUCAUGGUGGCGGCCAGGGGUCAAAGGUCACACCAAGGUCAUCUCACAGGUCAGCAAAGAAAGCGGAACGUGAGACCAAGAGGAACAGGGCAAGAAGUGAUCGUGACGCCGCCGCUGUAUCUCAGCCUCACACCGUCGGCUGCCAGUGGUUUCCGUGGGGACGUGGCCUGCGAGCCAAGUCCCAAGAUUCAUCUUCGACAGCGAUAGGGGCACCUGAGUCUUCCACACCUGUCGAGGAGCAUAUUAGACCGUCGUCCUCCUGCUCCCACCAUGGUCAGCCAUCUUGUCGGAUCCUCCAAGAGGCUCAGAAAUUUCAGCUCUCCCGCCACGGAAGCUUUUGCUCCGAGGACUCCUGCAAUCGGGGAGUUGCGGAGGACAACCGGGCUUAUCUCUGCAAACACUCCAGCCUGCCCAAUGGCAAGGGUGAAGGACCGUUUUGUUUGGAAAGGCCACAAGAGGGCGCCAACAGUGCUCUGCGCUUGCAGCAUGUCCUGGAGGAGCUGCUGUUCACAGAGCGGGAGUAUGUCCGCUCGCUGAACUAUAUCCUGACUCACUACCUCCCCCUGCUGGACAGAUUCGACAUCCCACAGGACCUCCGAGGCAAGCGUGCUAUUAUCUUCGGCAUCCUGCAGAAGCUUCAUGAUUUCCACAACCACUACUUCCUGCCCGAGUUGGAGGACUGCCACAGGGAUCCUGCUAUGGUGGCCCGUUGUUUUCUCACAAAUAGUGACAGUUUCGGCCUUUAUGCACUCUACAGCAAGAACAAACCUCAGUCAGACUCCCUGAUACUGCAUCGUCGCCAUGACAUCUUCAAGAAGAAGCAGCAGGAGCUCGGGGACAUGAUGGAUCUGUCCUCCUACUUGCUGAGGCCCAUCCAAAGGAUCAGCAAGUACAGCCUCUUGCUGCAGGACAUGCUGGCUCUGACUGCAUCCUGCUGGCCACAAGACAACACGGAUGCUGCUGCGGGUGUCAACGAUGCCGAGUUCAGCGGCAGAGCGAGCGAACGGGCUGACAUCAAGGCUGCCGUUGGCCUGGUUCGCUUUCAGAUGCGUCACGGCAACGACCUGCUCACCAUGGAUGCUAUCCAGGACUGUGAUGUAAACUUAAAAGAACAAGGUCAGCUCAUUCGACAGGAUGAGUUUACCGUUUUCUUUCGGAAGAAGAAAUGCCUGCGCCGCAUCUUCCUCUUUGAGCAUCUCAUUCUCUUCAGCAAGACCAAGAAGACCGAAGUUGGAAAUGAAGUUUAUGUCUACAAACAGUCCUUUAAGACUAACGACAUCGGGAUGACUCAUGACGCCGGCGUGAGCGGCCUUUGCUUUGAAAUCUGGUUCCGCAGGAGGAAGAGCGAGGACACUUACACUUUGAAGGCCACCAACAUAGAUCUGAAGAAAGCCUGGACCGCUGACCUGGAGAAGAUUCUCUGGGAUCAGGCGACUCACAGUCGAGAACUAAGACUACAGGAGAGAGCGUUCAUGGGACUGGGUCCCAAAUCAUUCUUGGACAUUCAACCCAGCGAGGCUGCCAUCUGCGACCGGGAUGUCAGUGGCAUCCUGCCUGGCAGAGUCCCUGUGGCGUGUUGUUCACACAGGGCUAUAGAAUUCGCUCGCCCUUACUCCGUUGGCUCCUCCUCCACCACCUUCAGCCAGUCGUCUUCUUCGUCGGGUCGUGGCUCGCUUUCGCCCGCUGGCUAUCUUGGAAGCCCGGCUAGUGGCCCCGCCCCCGACGGCGUAUUGGACAAUGAGAUCAACACUCAUCACUAUCGACUUCAUCAGGACCGGGAACGCUGGAAAACAAAUCAUCGUCCGCUCAACUUAACAGACACAGCAGACUCAUCCGAGGAGAGCGCCAACGUCUUCUUCAGCGACUCGGAGCACAGUUGUCUGUCGGCCCUCGGCGGGGAGGUUGUGGACUCCUCGUCGUCACUUGGCUCCCACAGUCCCCAGCCGUGUGCAUCGCUGCGUCACAUGAAUAGCUCGCCGGCCGUCAAGACAAAGAAUGCGUCCAUUGACGCCAAGCCUUCGCGUCGGGAUGAUGCUCAGGGAGAUAUCCCAAUAGGAAAAUCAACAGAGGUUUAACCUGGAUUUCGAGGGCAAGGUAAGCCUCUUAUCUUAAUUGUGACAAUUCAUUUCAAUUGCAGAUAGUUGGUCCUCACCGUCGCUAUGGUUUCUUAUGGUGCACCUCCUUAUUCUUUUAGUAUUCUUAUUUAUCACUUCACUUCCUUCCAUGUGACCUUUGGACUUUAUGAGGCCAUGCACACGAGCCAGCAUUUAUUGGCCUGGUUGUUUAUUUCAAGGUUUUAUAGCAUACAAAACAAUGCAUACAACAGAAAACAGACAAGCUUUUUUUUUAAAUAACAUUUUAUGUUUUAGAUCUUAUUUUACUUUUUUUUUCGUUGCAGGGGCUCCUCAGUAACAAGUUCCAUUUGUACAGCUGUAACAUAGCCUGAAUUUUUACCGUGUGUAAGUCCCUCCAUCCAUCCAUUUUCUGAUCCGCUUUAUCCUCACGACGGUCGCGGGGUGUGCUGGGGCCUAUCGAAGCCAUCUUCAGGCAACUGGGGGGGACACACCCUGAACCUGUUGUCAGCCAAUCGCAGGAUACAAACAGACAAAAAUAACAUUGAUACUCACAAUCACACCCUAGGGACAAUUUAGAGUGUUGCAUUAGCCUGCCGUGCACAUUUUUGGAAUGUGGGAGUACCCGAAGAAAACCCACGCAGGCACGGGGAGAGCAUGCAAACUCCACACGAGCCGCGAUCGAACCCAGCACCUCUGCACUGUGAGGCAGACACGCUAACUACUCAUCCACUGUGCCGCCAUUAGUGGAAGUCAUAAGGUUAUAUUAGAGUAAAUAUUUGCAUGAACAACACAUAGGCCAUGAAUUUGAAAUAAUAAAAUAUAAAACAGCAAAUACAGCGGCAACUGGUUUUGCCUUCUUGUGUGUUUUAUUUUGUGCUUUGUCAAAAUCUGGCCAUGCAGGAGUCGCAUUGAACUAGCGUUCAAUAAUGUCAACUUGAACACACAGGACCAGAGUCAAAUGUAUUUAUUUAUUUUUUUCCAUCUAAGGACAUGACUCCAGAGCGUUUAAGGCCCCCCCCCCCCACACACACACACACACCAAAAUUGACAAUUGCUGCCCUUCAUGGACAGCUUGGACACAUUGAUGGAUUGACUUAGUUUUCUUUCUUUCUUUUUUUAAUUAUUAUUUAUCACAGCUAUCCUCCAAAUAUUUGAUGUACUUUUCGUGUGUAUGUGUGUAAGAGUGUUUUAUUUACAAAAGGGACAGGCCACUUGCUAACAUACGAAUCACAUGUUUUAAACAGCAUGUGAAUUUGAGGUGCUGUGUCAGUUCAUCAAUGCAGGGACAAAAGACAAUGGACACUUUGAAUUGAGAGAUGUCACUGUGAUUUUCAGGGGGGUGGGCGAUUGUUUGUUUUUUUGUUUUUUGUUUUUGUCUGGUCAAACACACACGGUUGACAUUGCCUGUGAAACUACUCACAUUUGAUCAUAUUUCCUUUCUGAAGCUGUUUACACUAGUUGAGUCAGUAUUUGUUUGAAUUAAGUAUUUGCAAUAUUAUGUGCAGUCAGGUCUCUUGUUGUUGUUGUUUUGGUACCAAUAAAGUUGAAAGUGUGCUGUUA